GGCAACGCUUCACUUUCUUUACUUCACUUCUGAAGGUUCCUUCUCGGGUGGCGUCUCAGAUUUCUCUAGCUCUUGUCUUGUGCAACGAACAGCAAACGACUACCGGCAACAUGAAGCUGCUUGUGCUCCUCGCCCUGCUCCCAUGUGUCCUGGGAAGAGCUCCACUCCUCAACCAGGAGGCAAAGGAAAUCGUUGAGAACGAGUAUAUUGUUGUUUUCCACAGCAGUAUCAACACCACCACUCGUGCCAUGCAUAUGGACUACCUGCGCAGCUCGCUGAGAAUGAGCGAGGUGGACAAUACCGAAGUCAUGUUUGAGUACAACAUCGAGGGACCCACGCUGCAGUUCCGCGGCUACUCCGUGCGCACCAGUAUGUCAGUGAUCAACGGUCUGCUUGACGCACCCGAGGUCGACUACAUUGGACUGAACCAGAAGGCUCAUGCUCUGCAGACUUGCAACCGCCAGACCGAGGCUACUUGGGGUCUUGAGCGUAUUGCCAAGCCUGACCUUCCUCUGGCUGGUUACUACGAGGACCAGGAGGGAAACCAGGGUGCUGAUGUCGACGUCUACGUCAUUGACACUGGUGUCCGCACUACCCAUGUUGAGUUCGGAACUCGUGCUAAGUUCGGAUACGACUCUACCUCCCCACCAACCAGCCCAAUUGAGACUGACGACAAUGGCCACGGUACCCACGUUGCAGGCACCAUUGGAGGCUCAACAUACGGUGUUGCCAAGGCGUCUACUCUCAUUGGCGUCAAGGUCCUGAACCAGGCUGGUAGUGGAUCUUAUGCUGGUGUCAUUGCCGGUAUCGACUACGCAGCAACGGAGUGCCGCAGUGGAACCAGGAAGUGCGUCGGAAACAUGUCCCUUGGUGGUGGAUUCGACUCUGCUGUCAACGCUGCCACCGAUGCUUCUGUUGAUGCUGGUGUGUUCAUGGCUGUUGCCGCCGGAAACAGCUACGGUGCCAAUGCCUGCAACUACUCCCCAGCCUCUUCCAACAAGGCCACCACUGUUGGAUCGACUGACAACACCGACGCCCGCAGCGUGUUCAGCAACAUUGGAAACUGCAUCGAGGUCUUUGCCCCCGGUACCUCCAUCACCUCCGCAUGGUACACAUCUGACACUGCCACCAACACCAUCUCUGGUACCUCCAUGGCCUCUCCUCAUGUUGCUGGCGUCGGUGCCCGUGUCUUCAGCGCCAACCCAACCCUGACUGCCCCAGGUGUCGAGGCUGAGGUUCAGCGCAUUGCCGCCGUCAACAAGAUCUCCAACGUUGGUAGCGGCUCACCUAACCUGUUGGUGCAGGGAACCUGUGAUCUCCAGCCCCCACCAAACAUGUAAACAUCUCUUUCGAAAGAUCAUAUUCUUUAUGUUCGUAAACAUGCUUGAAUGUCCUCUCUCACUCUCCCACUACUUUCUCAGUAAUAUAAUUAUGUGGUUGAUCCUUGUUCUUUUUCUUUUUUAAAUUAGUCACACCCUGCGUGGAUUCUUAUUUUAAAAUACAUGUAGAAAUAUUAUGACAUCCUCUGAAACUCAUCUGCAUUAUUUGUGACAGAAAUUACGUAUUCAAGGAUAUAAUAUUGUCAUGUAAUUUUUAGUACUGUACGAAGAAUCGG